GGGCGUGGAAGCGGCGCCGGCGGCGAAAGCGCGCAUGCGUGGGGGGCAUCGGCGCCUGUGCACGGAUGGCUGCUGGCCGUUCGCUCGCUGUGGUGGCGGCGGGGAAGCGGCGCUUGCGGCGGCAGCGGUUCUCGGCCGACGCAUUUGGGAGACCGCGCGCGGCAGACGACGCGAGCACCGGCGACCGCUGCUGUGGGAUGGUCUAGCUUAAGCCGCUGCGCGCGUUGCGAAGUUUGUCUGGGCCUGUGCGCGAAACGUAGGAGAAAAAAAUUUCGAUCGACUACGACCGUGCGAGCGCGCGUUUUUUCGUCUGCGAGGCGUUUGGGGCGCCCGAAAAGCGUCGUCUGCACACACCUGUUGCCAGGUGCCGGAGCGCGCGAUCGUUCGUUUGCGCGGAGGAGUACGCGCGGGACGCCCUGUGGUGUUUCCGUCUGCUAGCCACUGUGCGGAAGGAUUGUGUCGUCUGGAACUUCUCUCUGGAGUUUUCUUUCUGUCGUCUGCAUCGGAGGAACAGCGAUUUGCUUUGAUUAGUUCACGUUUCUACACUUUUUUUCUUUUCAUCAAAAGUGAAACUUCUCAAGCACAGUUUGGAGUGUUGGAGAAUCCGUGAACAUAGUGCACACCAAUCAUCGAAACCUGCGGGAAAGACAUUCCAUAAGUCGGUGAAAGAAUUUCGUCCAGCAUCCAGUGACGUCACGAAAGACUUCCCGAGAGCGGCUGAUUGAAAGGACGACAACUUAUUACCUCCUGCUGGCUUCACGACAGCGAGCCACAACUGCAUCGUCGCUGCGUCGGAAUCAAGCUCAUUGCAUCCUGUGGCGCUCACAUCGCCAGCGGCGGUGCCGGCCAUUUCGAUUCGUGAGGAAGGCCCCACAAGCACUUCUGGCAUGAAACCAAGCACAACGGCAUCGGCGCUGGUCGGAGGCGAAAGAAACCGGUGCCGGCUAUGACUGCCGAGGGAGCCCACUCGUCGCGCCCUUCAGCCAAUCAAACUCAGCCUCUCCUCACCCACGUCUAAACCUACAGGACCGUGGAUCGCCAGCGCAGCCCGAGCCGACAGGGCGGCCCUCGGCCCAGCGGCGGCAGCAGCAUGCCGAGCGCUGCCGUCCACCGGGCCGAUUCGACCCGGUCGGACAACUCGGACGCCUCCGGCCGCAGCGCCGAGUCCCGGGGCUCGGCCGGCAAGAAGGUCAGCUUCAGCCGAGCCGUCAGGGUCAAGAAGUUUCCCCGGCGGCACGAGGGCAGCUCAAACUCCGUCUCCCACGCCGGAAACGGCGAUGUCCCGGACUCUGCUCAGGCGCCCCCUUCGCCCGAGAAGAAGUUCUGGUUCAAGGUCUACAAGAACCGGCACCACCACGACAAGAGCACUGGAGGCGCCCGCAUCCCCGAAGAGCAUUCCUUACCGCUGGAGACGACAGUCUCGGACUCCUCCGGGCACCACCACCACCACCACUCCCGGGGUGCAUCGUCCGUGGCCAGAAGCGCGUCGACGGCGUCGGCGUCUCGGUCCCCGCGACGAAGGCCCGACUCGCCCGUGGUCAAGCGGAACCACGUCCGCCGGAUCGUGCAGAAGUUCGACCGCGAGGCGACGCUGCGGCACGAUCCCCCGGCGAGCAGCUCGAGGGAGUCGUCGCCUCCUCCGCCUCCGCCGGUGCCACCGCCGCCUUCCGUGGUGCGCAGUUACUCGGUCGAAGAGUACACGAGGCCCGGAACCCCGAUCGAGCUCCAGAGGAGUCCGGCGCCCAAGCGCAGCAACCGGCUAGUCGACGGCGUCAAGGUCAUCUUGGCUCCCCUGACCCGCAAGAAGUCGUCGGCCUCGAAGAAGGAGGCUCGCAGCGCGGGCACCGGCACUCUGGUCAGGGAAGAAGACUUCGACGAGGUCAACAACAACGAGAACAAGGAGAACGAACCGGUCGAAGAAGAGGAAGAGGUGCCCAUCAUGGUGGACAAGGCGACACAGGUCAAGCCCUUCGACUUGGAAGAGUUCUUCGCGACCAGUGGCGAUGUCUCCCACCUGUACAGCCAGGUGGACAAGAGCAAGAAGACCACCACAUUCAAGACUCCCGAAAUACACGUGCACCAUCCCGAAGUAGUGGUGGACUACCCGAUCACUUCCAGCCCCCGCUACGUCGAGCGCGACUACGAGUACUACGACCGAAGCAGAGCCUCGUCCUCGUCACCGACGCCGAGGCGAGGCGGCGACGUUUCCACGACCCCGGAGCCAGAGUACGGAAGCAUCCGACGGGUGAAGUCGUCCAGCCGCAGCUUCGGCUUCAACCUGGGGCGCUGGGAGCACGACGACAGCGGCAAGCGCCGGGAUUCGGACACCUCCAGCGUCAACAGCGAGCCGGGAAUCCUCGGAGGCCAUCACGACGGCAGCAGGCCCGGAAGCGUGCUCAAGGCUUACGACUCUAAGAAGCGCGAGCUCAGUUAUGAGAACGUGCCGGCCAGGGUUUCGGACAACGAGCGGUCUCGCACGGGGUCGCCCACCACGUCCACGUCCGGGGUCUGGGUGCGCGACAUCGACAAGGACUACCGUCGUGGCAUGGCCGACGCGGACGUGACGGUACCCAGCAGUGGCUACGUGUUCACGUACACCGCUUCGCUGGGAGGAGACCGGUCGUCCAAGAAGAAGACGACGACGACUGCGACGAAGACGAGCUCUCGAGACGUGUCGCCCACCUUGCUCGACGACGGCAGCCUGCCCCGGAGUCACCGAAGAUCCCCGUCGCGCGGACCCCGGUCCGUCAGCUCGGACCAGACUUCGGUCCGAGGUGGUCUGGCCGCUGCCUAUCAGGCAAGGCAGGCGAGAGCCGCGGCGUCUUCGUCCAACGGCCGGGUGUCCAAGUCGUCCUCACCGCGCUCUCCGCGAAUCCACGCGAGCAGCCCGGGCCGGUCCGCGGGCGUCGUCUCGGGACCCGGCUCGACCCAGGGCUCCGUGGCCGGCUCGGUGACCAGCGAGCCGGCCUACCAGCGGGACACGGUGGUGCUCUACAUCCCGGGCGUGAGCCACCACUCUACGCCGUCCGAGGACUCGCUGCGAGUCUCGCGCAGCCAGUCCGUCCUCAACAAGGACAAGAGCGCGUCCCGCAGCGGGUCCAAGAGCGGCCACAAGUCCAAGUCGUCCUCGAGCCGCCCGAAGAGGGCUGCCUCGGAGAGCGACAUUCGCCGGACCAAGUCCAUACCGAAGGGUGCCAAGUUUCCCUGGCUCAGAAUCAAGCCGACCGUGACGGCCACCCCCGUGCACUAGCACUGCCGCUGCGGCGUUGUUUAGGGGGUUCUAUAGCUUUCGUUUCAAAGUGCACUGAAGUGUCGACACCUUGUUAAAAGCGCGGUAGCGAUGGGCGGGGUCCAGUGAACUGUGCUAUAGGCGGUCGAGGAGGCUGCCUAAUUGCGCCCAAAAGAAACACAAAACUCUGUUUUGUUGGAGUAAUUGGUCAUUUUAUAUUGAACUCUCCUUUCCAGACCUGCACGCCACAAUGAAGUUCACCCUCAUUACUCAGCGUCCCGGAUGUUCGAAAGAAGUUAACGGAGUUAACGUUAUCUAUCAAAGAGUACGAGAACUCGCGAAAAUAGAGUUAGAUAUGUUUCGAGCGUGGUACACCCGCCUGCAGGAAUUGCCACUGCUGCCUUUGUUUUUAGAGUCUAGCUGUAACCGAUCCAGGCUCCUGUUUCGAACGGCGUGAUUCGACAGAGUCACGUGGACAGGCGGCAUGUCUAUGUGAAUCUGUUCUCCGACUCGUUGCGCGAUUCCUGUUGGGCAGAUGAGCCGAUGGCAGAAUUGAGCAAAUUUUCAUCAAAGAAUAGGAGUUACCAAAAACAGGUGGCCUGAUAAGAGUAUGUGCUGAUUCAUAAACCUUUCCGUGUUGCUUUUUAGUGGAUUCUUUCCUGAGGUAUCCUUUAAGAGAGUUCACGUAAGAAUUAUCUCAUUGCCAAAGAGAGAAUGCACAAAUACGCAUCGCUUCCUCGCACUUGGGGCAGGCAUUAAGCCAUGCCAUUACAGGAGGCUCUGCGUGUGCUCAAGAGACAUAACGUACUCGGUGACGCCACGACCAUGUGAUCUGCAAACGCCUUCUUUAUGACGUCAUGGUGGCGACAGCUCUCUGGACCUCCGUCAUCGCUAUCCCGUUGUUGGCUUGAUAACUGCGCCUAAGAACCUAUAAAAAUGUCACCAUAGCUGUGGCGAACUGGAUGAGCCCCAAGGACUCUGGUAUGCAAGCACGCUGAUAGUUAUUUUAGUCUGACCUCUGUACUUGGGCCUCAACCCAAAUGGAAUCCGUCAUUAAAAGUCUUCAUGUAGACAAAGAAUAGAUAGCACUCUGAAUAGCGCAAUGAAUUUUCAUACUGGACGUCAUAGCGUAUAGUGGAAAGCCCAAAGAUUCGAGUGACACAUGGUUGUCCGGACAAGAAAAAUAAACUGAGUUACGUUAUCAACAGAAGUGAAGAUACUCUGCAGUCUUUGAAACCUGUACUCCGGCGCUCUUAGUUAUGCUAAGCAAACUGGAACAGACCAAAGCUUUAACAACAGAACCGAACACUCAAGUGCCACUUUAAGAAAUAAAAAGUAGUUCGGUCAAUAUUUGUUCAGUCGGACCACAGCAGGCUAUGUGCUCGACACCUUGAGGCGUUUCACGUUUCGCCACAGCAGUGAUGACUUCGACAGCGCGGAAACAAAAAGGAAGUUGAUAUUUUCUGAAUAUUUUUUCAGCUUGUCGUUUUUUUUUUCUCGCGUUUCUCGGCUCAUACCAACUUUAAGAGCAUGAGUCGUCACAUGUUGGUGUUGCUCGUGACAUCUUACGAAUCCGUAGUGUCCUCUAAGAUGUCUACGUACUUAAUGUAGCCGCGUUUACAGUUGUGGUGCGAUAGUGUAGCUUCGAGCAUGUAGAUUAACUGCUAACGACGCCUGUAUACUAAAUGUUUACCGUACUCAAGUGCGGCCGAAAAAAAAAAUAAAUAAACGCGAACACAAUACUUUCCUGUUGUUCAUGUAACGAUAUCUCCUGCAAGAACUUGACGUUUGUUUUUUCUCGUUGGGUGAACUUCAAGACGUAAACUGCAUAGCAGUAAACUUUAAACAAGAAAGAAGAGUUGCAUAGCUAUAAUAAAGCGUUAGCGAAUGUAUAGUGUGCCUAUACUUUCGCGGGCUCCUCAAUGCUCACGUGACUUGAUUGACACGUUUUAAUUUUUUAGCGAGUCGCUUUGCCAUCCGCGCUUCGUCCAACUCUCGUGUUUCGUCUCCAAAAUAGUAAGCCUACGUACUGCGAGCGCUGGAGCUAAACGUGCUUUAUGAAAUAAGAGUCCACAACCACUCAUCCUCAGGCCCAUUCCACUCGCUGAACGUGACCAAUGCCUUAACGCUAGCCGUUAAAGCCGAAGCGCAUCUAUAAGCAUUGAGUCGAGGGUUCAGAGCGCUUCGCUGCGUGCGAAGCUUCGCAGCGGACUUCGCUGCCUUGACUUGUUGCGUCGAAGGCGUGGACCAAAGUAGCUUAGAUCCGCUAUCGCCGCAAACGUCGUAACGUUACGUUUUCAUAACAAGGCUGUUUAUUGUUUUUCUUUUCUCACUUUGUCCAACGACGUCACCACAACUACCAGGGACGCUGUGUGCAACCAAGCUGGGCAAUUUAGGACUCACCCGAGUUGUCGUUGCUUUCUGAGUUGUACAGAAGUGAUGAUGGCUGUCGACACCGUAACCGGCUGGGACGGCUAAGCUGUGUCGCACUUUUGCGUGUUUCUUUUUUUUUUUGAGUGCUUUGCGAGAAAGCUGCGAAGCCUUUUGUUUCGCUGAAUUGUGUGUGCUGUGAAAAUAAAUGUGUGCUCGCGGUGCCGUUACCGAGGAUAACUGUAUACUACUACCUCCGGCGCUUACUGCGACAAAGCUGUGUGUACUAAUUAAUGAAGCGCGCUGCUUGUGUCUCGUGUGUAUAAUUGUGUGCGCGUGUAUCAAUUGCGCCUCGUAUUUCACUUCACCUGUUGGCUCCAGUUUAACACGUUGUGAACUAUCUACGCAGAGGUUGAUUAUGGGCACAACUGUUGUUCAUGGGCAGUGUACGCAUCGCUGACCACGCGUUUUGAGAGUUUAUAGAGAGCGAAGCAGACUGCCGGGCUGAUGGUUUUCCUAACAGUGACGUCUGCAGAAAAUGGCCGUUUACGAUACGUUACACAAACAGUAAAAGAACGGUACAAAAUGUGAAGUCUAAAUCUGGGGGGUUGGAGGUGUACAAUGAACCCACACUGAUUCACGGUAAGCUAUGAUUCACGUGGCUUUUUUUUUUCUGACGGUGGCUUACAUAUUUGAGAGUCGGUAUCGAAUCACGUGUUCAAAGUUGACGUUGAAGGCUACCAAUGAUGGAGGACUGAUAGUGUUAAGUCCUCAUUCUCACACAGGGUACUUGUGGUGGCUAAGCUUCUCCACACGUAAAUUCGCAUUUAUAGUCUCUUUCCCAUAACGAAUCCCACAUUAAAUGGCUUUGAAAAACAAUGACGAGUUGCGAGAUACUGUCGACUGCGUUUCCCUUGCGAACGCACGCAGACAUAUAUACCCAUGAUAUGAGUUCGAUAGUUGUAGUUUCUUUUCCUAAAAAGCGGCCAUCACGAGCAUGUAGUUACCUACUAAAAGCGCAGUAAACAACCGUUUGCGCUGAGUGCAAGGAAAAUGUAUUGGUCAACAGAAUCUCGUACACACGCCGUGGCUGAGGCUAAGCAGUACAAAGUGGCAAACAGGGCAUGUUGGUGCUGAUGCUGACCUGUCAUUGGCGCAGUUCAUACGGGACAGACAAAAAGGAACGCAUCUCCGGACACAGAGAUGCGCAUUCUCAGGCAAAAGUUUAAAGAAAAGUCCUUCAUUAGACCAUUUUGAGCCUUGCACAAGUACGAAAGAAGAGGAGUUUGGUCCUGGCGGCAGGUGAGAGAGAUUGCAAAGCGACGCGGAGUUGGGUACCUUGACGCCCGGGGGUGCAUGGGGCUCUUCUUUCUAAUUCCUUCAUCUCUGAAAACGGGCGACCGUUGUGAAAGUCAGGGGUAGCGGUAAGAAGAGUUGUGUUUUAGCUUAGCCACGUCGAAAAUCAAGCACUCCCUCCAUACGCAGAGCAUCUGCCAAAACUUGCAAAGACACUGCCAGCGUGACCGGCGCUACCAUGAAGUGUCUUAUCGGGGCCUGCAUUGAGCCGUUCAGUGCUACAGCACCCUAGAUAUUAAUCUGGAUAAUGUUUUUUACCCGCUGGAGGUUCACAUCACGAAGAGUCGCGCCACGGUGUCCGGCCACGGAAGUUUAAUUUGUACAUCAACUGGGAGAAUUUCUCCAAGGCUUUAUUUGUGUUUCACUUCAACCGCGACCAUCUUGAACUCAGGCACCAUGGCUUUCAUAACUGUAGUCGACGGGAGUUUACGUACGAUAAGGAUAUAUUAAUCAUGAGGGAUGGCAUAGCUGAAAAAGGGGGGCCUUUAGAAGGCAACAAAAUCAUAUAACCCGAGGCGUCAGGGAAAUUACAUGUAAUUUGCUGCUAUGUCUCGACUGAAGCUCCCCACUGCUAACAACAAUAGUUAGCAGAGGCUUUUCAAAGAAGCGCUGUGUGAAGGGUGACAAAAGUUCAUCCGUUGUUGCUUCUUUGUUCCACGUUGAUGAACUGUGUUCAUCAAGUUAUUAAUAGUUCUUUGUUGCAAUUGACGAACGACGUGAAAAGUCCUCGGCUUACAGCAUUACAAGUCACCAUUCACCAAGGAGCGUACGUUGGAACCACCUGCAUGCAAUAAAGCCACGUGAAUCAUAGUUUCCGAGUUAUCUAGCCGAGGUUGUAAAUUGAAAUUUAAUUAGUGAGCCAGCCGGUGGACGGCACCCAGCGUGCCAAUAAGGAUACUACUAUGCUGAGUCUGUUUCUCUAUCGAAGUGUUUCCUUAUUUUUGGAACCCGGCAUUCAAGAAAAUAUUUGCUGUAUCACGUUCGAAAUUAUGUGUGCAAUACAGCAGUAAGAACGAACUAUCAAUGAAAAGUGUUGUCUAAAGGAAGAGAUGAACAAGACUGGAACAUGUGCUGCAUUUUUUCGAUGAAUUAACAAAGCAUGCGAAAUUAAGGGCUGCUACUAUGAAGUCGCCAUUUCAUUUCCACUGACAUGUGUGCGGAUUCAAAAUAAGUUGACUACUCUCGUGUGCUUUGGAGAUGCUCUUUGGGCGUGCACUGUGUGUAUGUUUUUUCUGCUGCUGCAUCAUACGACGUAAAACGACUGUAGAGGGCGCAUUGUUUGCAUUACGGUUGCGCGAUGUGACGAGAGAACAAGAGACGGGGUCCGGGCGGCGCGCUGCAAUACAGAGGAGCCCAAUGCUAGUCGAACGCUGACUUGUUGUCUUCUGGAGCUUUAAUUAAAACGAAAAAAAAGGAUAUCAAAGGUUGUUUUCUUACACCG